AUGAGCAAAUCAAUUUUAUUUUAAUUUAAUGACGCCGUCACUCUCGCUGGUGAAUAAAUAACAGGUUGUUGCUAUGUUAGAAUACCUUAAGAUAUGCCGAAGGUCUAAAUUGUUUUGACUUUUCAAACUAAAGAAUAUUCGAAGGUUUUAGAGAAAAAACAAGUAAACGUUUAAGUGAUCAAAUUAGAUUCCCUAUGAUGAAAGCAAUCCCCAGAUGAUACCUGAUAAGUUAAUAGAGAAAGAGAAGUAAGUGUAAAUUACUCUGGAUUCUCCAUUAAAAUAACCAAAAUAUACUUAAAAGAAAUACGAGUUAAGUGGAAACCUAUUAUUUCGAGUAUUUAGACAUUAUGGAACUCAUGACUCAUUUAUCUACACCCAGGAGCUUUAUAAUGGUAGUGUUAAAGCAGGAGAUUAUAAAUUCAAUUUUAUUGUUCCAACGCAAUUCAACAUGCCAUCAAGUUUCUAUUAUAAGAGUGUUGAUGGUAUUAAUAUCUUAAAUAUAAAAAGGAUAGAAAUAAGGGAAAUGUGGCUACAUGAUUACAUUGAAAAUAGAUUCCACAGAAGAAGCAAGAACUGUGAUGAUGGAAAGUACUGAUGUCUAUCUCAAUGGUAGAUUUAAAGAAAGCGAAUAAUUCAGAUAGUUAGAAGGGAAUAUAGUUCAUUUCCUUUGUUUAAAUAGUGGAGCAGUCGAAUUGUCAGUGAGAUUAAAGACAAACAAAUUUUUCCCUGGAGACAAAAUAUCUGUCGAUUACUCUGUCGAUAAUACUCGAUCAUAGAGACCUGUUAAUAGAAUUGAAGUCAGAGUUAUUCAUAAAUUGAUUUUCAUUGACAACGAUGAGGUAGAAAGAAUUAUUGAAGAUUAAGUGGUUGUUUCACAAAAUUGGGAUGGUCUCUUAGCAGGAUAAAGUAAGGAUAGAAUAGUGUCUCUUUUGGAAUUGCCAAAAGACUUAAAAGCCUCACUGAAGACCAACACUAUUAAGAACUAAUACUUUUUUUAAUUAGAGGCAAUAGUUGUAAUUCAAUUCUUAAAAAUUAGGAUUCAUUCCUGACUUGGUUAUCUGUCCCUGUUAUAUGUUAAAUCCCCAUACACAUUUAGGAACAAUAAAUGCUACAAAAAGUUAAUCUGGAUGGUUGGAAAUUGGUCUCAAAUUUGAAUGUAAGUGUUAAUGAAUUUACAAAUGUUUCGGUGUAAUAAUCAUAUAUACCCUGA